ACCAACACUUGCAUUCCUGCCUUCACUCCAUGCAUUGAUCCAAUCGCUCUCUUGAAAGCUACGACAGUAUCCAAAUCUGUCUCUCUUCGAAAUCUCCAUAUUCUUCAGUUACGCCUUCUCUGAAAUAUUUUAUCUGUGGGUUUGUUCAUUGCUGUGUCCACAUGUGCUCAAUUAGGUGCCAAUUUGGUAGAGGGGAGGUCUGUGAGCAGUUAUGGCGAAGUGUGAUAGCGAGUAUGCGGGGUACGGUACCUCACCCGAUCUCGAGGUGGGAUACGGGGCAAGGCCGGCUCUGUAUCCAGGCAUUUAUGCUGAUGAGAAUGAGCUUCGUUGGGGGCUUAUUCGGAAGGUGUACAACAUUUUGAGCAUUCAGGUGUUGCUCACGGCCGCGGUUUCAGCUUUUGUGGUAUUCACGCCCGCAGCGUUGAGUUUUUUCGCUGUGCAUCCGUGGAUUCUGUUCUUCGCCAGCAUAACGCCUCUAAUAUUAAUGUGUCCGUUGUACUACUAUCGUCAACAGCACCCAGUGAAUCUGGUUCUCCUUGGUUUAUUCACAGCGACUAUCAGUCUUAGUGUUGGAAUAUCAUGUGCGCUUACCAAUGGAUACAUAGUGUUGGAAGCCCUUCUAUUGACAGCAGGCGUGGUAUUGGCCCUUACCGCAUAUACUCUGUAUGCAGCACGAAAGGGUCACGACUUCAGUUUUUUGGGUCCUAUCUUGUUUACCACUCUUACGAUCAUCUUGCUCUUUGGACUAAUUCAGGUGUUCUUUCCACUUGGUCCCGUGUCUCAAAUGAUCUACAGUGGUCUUACAGCACUUCUUUUCAGUGCCUACAUCGUAUACGACACAGACAACCUCAUCAAGCGAUACAGUUAUGAUGAGUACAUAUGGGCAUCGGUGGCUCUGUAUCUGGAUAUUCUUAAUCUUUUCCUGUCGUUGUUGCAGAUUCUCAGGGGUAUGCGAGACAAUUAAGUGAACAUAUUUGCAUUUAUCUUUUGUAUAAUCCCUCUGAUGUUCAUGCAUACAAUGUUGACACGGGAGUUGUAGCUUGUUGAGUUAGCCACGAAUGUGAUUGGAUUGCGAUUUAAAAUUUGGUAUUGCUAGUUUAAUGGGAUGCAGUAUUGAACUUGGUCACCACUCAAGUUGACUCUACACUAUCUUAACUACAGCAUGUCUAUGUAAAUGAAAAGUUUCAUGUCUCUUGAUUCAUUCGAUUUGUA